AUGGCCAUUGGAUGGAAACAUGGGGAGAAUACCCCGAAACCACUGAGCAUCACUGGAGCCGAUGAUUCAGUGACCUGCACUAUGCAUGCUAGAAACCACAACCUAUUGGAAAGUCAAGGUUGUACACUUCUUGGAAAUAUUGUCAAGGACAAGAAGAAACUUCUUUGUCCACCCAAUCAAGUCAAGCUGAGAUUGCUACACACUACUUCACCAAAGUGUAUGUACUACUACAAGAUCCAGAAAGACCACAAUGGUGUCUUUCAACUUGACAAACUGAAUGGAACCUCAAUUGAUUUCUUCUCUAAGGAGCAGUCAACUGUUAAGACUGCUACUUCUGGUUCUGAGUCUGUAGCGGCUCAAACCUGUGCCAAACAGAUCAUGGAUCUCCAACAAACCUUGAGGUACCUUGGUGUGCUAAUCAGAGGUCAAAGCUACAUGUUAGGUGACAAUGAAUCUGUCAUGAACAGUUCUUCCCUACCUGAAGCUAAGCUACACAAUCAAGAUGUUGAAUUGUCAUUCCACCGUGUGAGAGAAGCAGUAGCAGCUAACAUGCUAUCUUUUAUCCAUAUUGACAGUGCUCUCAACCCAGCUGAUAUUCUCAGCAAACAUUGGGGUCAUCAGCAAAUCUGGACACUACUACCGACUCUAAUGUUCUGGUCUGAAGAUACUGCUGAUCAAGAGGACUAG